ACGAUUAGGUAGCCCGUGCUCGAGUAAGAUAGAAGCAGCGCAGCUCUUCCGGUGCUCGCCAUCGAUUCACCCAUGGCGUCCACCACUUACUGCGCCACUCCAUCUCCAUCACUGCGAUGCUCUGCCAUCCUCUUCCCCACCUCGGCUUCUCCCUCUCCCUUCCUCCGUUUCGCCGUCCAUCCGCUCCUCCCCCGCCGCCUCGCCAUAUCCACACCAAGAAUUCGAAUUCCCCAGGUAGCGUCGGCGCUGGAGUCCCUUGUGCAGGAGUCUGACGACGAGGACGAGGAUGAUGAGGAGGACGGGGCUGGCAUGUUCAAGGAGGAGGCCUGGGCGGCGGCCGACGAGAGGGACGCGGUGAGGUCGCCGGACCUGGAUGUGCCCGAGCUGGAGGAGCUGCCCGAGCAGUGGCGCCGCUCCAGGAUUGCCUGGCUCUGCAAGGAGCUCCCGGCCUACAAGCACUCCACCUUCACCCGCAUCCUCAACGCCCAGCGCAAGUGGAUCACCCAGGACGACGCCACCUACAUCGCCGUCCAUUGCCUCCGCAUCCGCAACAAUGAUGCCGCAUACCGGGUGUUCAGCUGGAUGGAGCGGCAGCACUGGUACCGCUUCAACUUCGCGCUCGUCACAAGGGUGGCAGAUUUUCUCGGCAGGGAAGGCAAGGUCGAGAAAUGCCGGGAGAUGCUCGAGGCGAUGGUCAAGCAGGGCCGCGUGCCUGCCGAGUCCACCUUCCACAUAUUGACCAUUGCGUACCUCAGCACGCCCCAGGGACGUGGCCUUGAACACGCUUGCACUAUCUACAACCAGAUGAUACAGAUGGGCGGCUACAAGCCCCGCCUCAGCCUUCACAACUCCCUGUUCCGUGCGCUUGUGAGCAAGACAGGAGGGGCUGCGAAGCACAACCUCAGGCAGGCUGAGUUUGUUUACCACAAUAUUGUCACCACCAAUCUUGAGGUGCACAAGGAGGUCUAUGCUGGCCUCAUCUGGCUUCACAGCUACCAAGAUGUCAUUGAUAGAGAGAGGAUCGCAGCUCUUAGGAAGGAAAUGAAGCGGGCUGGAUUUGAUGAGAGUGUUGAUGUGCUGGUGUCAGUGAUGAGGGCCUUUUCCAAAGAAGGGAGGGUUCAAGAAACAGAGGCAACUUGGCGUGAAAUUCUUCAGAGGGGUUCGGAGAUUCCUGCUCAGGCCUAUGUCUGCCGAAUGGAGGCUUAUGCACGAAGUGGUGAGCGUAUGAAAUCGCUGGAUAUAUUCAGGGAAAUGAAGAGGCAAAGCAUACCCCCAAAUGUUGCCACGUAUCAUAAGAUAAUUGAGAUAAUGGCGAGCGCUAAGGAGGUUGAUGUCGCGGAACAACUUAUGGAUGAAUUUGCGGAGAGCCACAUGAAGCAUCUGAUGCCAGCAUUUCUCAGCCUGAUGUACAUGUACUUGGAUCUUGAUAUGCAUGAGAAACUAGAACUAGCAUUCUCAAAAUGCCUUGCUAGGUGCCGGCCAAAUAGAAUCUUGUACACCAUCUAUCUGGAAUCGUUGGUGAGGGCUGGAAAUGUCGAGAAGGCUGAGGAGGUCUUUGAUGAAAUGCACAAAAAAGGGACGAUAGGUACCAAUACGAAGUCUUGCAACAUCAUGCUCAGAGGUUAUAUUUCCGCAGAAGAUUAUAAGAAAGCUGAAAAGGUUUAUGAUAUGAUGUGUAAAAAGAAGUAUGAUGUAAAUGAAGAGUCAUUGGAGAAACUUGAAACUGGUCUCCGUCUUGGCAAGAAACUCGCUGUGAAGCCACAAUCCGUGAGCAUGAAGUUGGAUCAAGAGCAGCGUGAGAUUUUGAUUGGUUUGCUUCUGGGAGGUACACAGAUUGAAUCUCAUGCACAAAGAGGGCCCCAUAUUGUCAAUUUUAAGUUCCAGGAAGAUUCCGAUGCCCAUUCGGUUUUAAGGGUGCACAUUCACGAACGUUUCUUUGAAUGGCUAACUCCAGCAAGCAGAUCAUUCGAUGAUGAGAGCAAGAUACCUUAUGAGUUCUCAACCAUACCUCAUCUCCAUUUCGGUUUCUUUGCGGAUCAGUUCUUUCUGAAAGGCCAGCCUGUUCUCCCAAAGCUUGUCCAUAGGUGGUUAUCUCCACGUGUUCUAGCGUAUUGGUUCAUGUUUGGAGGCUUCAAACUCAAAUCAGGUGAUAUUGUUCUCAAGGUUAGCGGUGGGAAUAGUGAGGGUGUUGAGAGAAUUGUGAACUCCUUGCAUGCACAGUCCUUACCAAGUAAAGUGAAGAGGAAAGGAAAAUUCUUCUGGAUAGGCUUCCAAGGGAUUAAUGCCGAUUCUUUCUGGACAACAAUAGAACCUUAUGUCUUGGAUGGUUUUCUGAAUUUGAAAACACAGGAAAGUGGCAACACCGGUUCUGGUGAGGAUCAAGAUACUGAUUCUGAUGAUGAUAUUCAUAGCAGUGGAAGUGAAGAGUGAAUACUGUGGAGUAGGAGAAGUCCAUUGAAUGGGGUUACUGCCGUUCUGCACCAACGUCAAGUUCUUGCUGAGUUGCUUUGAGCAGAUGUACUAUAUAUGUUGAUGGCUUGGUGGUGGUAGAACUUGAAAAAUCUCCAUUUGGCGAUUUUUGCUGAUAAGGCUUCUAAAAUGGAAGACUGAAGGCAAUGUUCAGGAAGCAGGUUAUUACAAUCUGAAAGUACAUCAAAAGGAAAACAGCUUCACAAGCCUACAGAUCUGAUCAGAGUUUUGUAACUUAUACUUUUGCUUUGAUGCACACUUUCGUACUACUAGUAAGUAGUAACAACACAAUGCCCAUAUUUAUCUACCUAUCUCUAUGUGGACACCUGCAUGAUACUAGAGACUAGACAGUACUAAGCAGAUAAGUUGAUAAGGACCUAUAGUUUCGCAGAUUACUCAUCUUUAUGUCACAUGUUUUGUUGUACCAGGAGUAUAUACAAUUAGCUCUUUCGUUUUC